ACAGCGAAGCCACCAACAUCGUAAACCCAAACCUCCAAAGCAGCACUGUCGUUCUAUACCACUGGUCUGACCACCACACCACCCACAAUCCCAAGGGACAACAUCGUUUUCAGGCAGCAGACAAAAAUCCUAGCCACCAACCUAAAUCCUAUCAACGAACAAUGACGAAGAAAAAGAGAAACCCAAUCAAUUUUGUGUCACACAAAGUUUUCCCAGCUGCAAUUACCAAUUUGUCGUUUUGUGCCACUUCAUCCACCAAUUACAAAAUUAUUAUCCACGCCAUUGGUUUUAACAUAGCAUUUCUCCAUCGGAUUAGCCGUAGCCAUAAGACAACAUGCUGUUGGCUCAACCCAUUUUCUUCUCUCCCAACUUUCCCACCCUCACCAAGAAGACAACUUUCAGAGCUUCACUUCAGCCCCACAACAAUUUUCCUCCUCUCAUAGUUUCACCAAUGCCAAAACCACUUGGUGUGAGAGCAAGAAUCAAAACCCUGUCGGUUCCGUUUCAGAAAAAGAGUGGCGUCCAAAUCUGCCAUAGCUUGAAGAAAGAGAGCGAAGUUGGUGGGAAUGAUGGGAGAGACUGGACAACCUCCUUUUUGCUCUUUCUCCUGUGGGCAGCACUCAUCUAUUAUGUCUUCUUUCUCUCCCCAAACCAGACCCCGUCAAGGGAUACAUAUUUCCUGAAAAAGCUCCUGAAUCUGAAAGGGGAUGAUGGUUUCAGAAUGAAUGAAGUGUUAGUAUCAUUGUGGUAUAUAAUGGGCUUGUGGCCAUUGGUAUAUAGCAUGCUCUUGCUUCCUACAGGAAGAAGCUCAAAAAACAGUAUUCCUGUAUGGCCCUUCCUCAUACUUUCAUGUUUUGGAGGUGCAUAUGUACUUCUUCCUUAUUUUGUACUUUGGAAACCGCCAGCACCUCCUGUUGAAGAAACUCAGCUUAAAACAUGGCCCUUGAAUUUUCUGGAAUCAAAAGUAACUGCAUUGAUAUCACUUGUUGCAGGGGUAGCCAUCAUAAUUUAUGCUGGUUUAGCUGGACAAGAUGUGUGGACAGAAUUUUACCAGUAUUUCAGGGAAAGCAAAUUUAUUCAUAUUACCUCCAUUGAUUUUAUUGUACUUUCCACAUUUGCACCAUUCUGGGUUUACAAUGACAUGACAGCACGAAAAUGGUUUGACAAAGGUUCUUGGCUUCUUCCCAUAUCAUUGAUACCAUUUUUAGGGCCUGGUUUAUACCUUCUCCUGCGGCCAUCAUUAUCAGCAGUGGCCAUUUCGCAAACUCCUGUUGAACCAAAGUGAAAUUACAUGUGAUGACUGCCAAUAAUACAAGUGCACACGUUCUAUGCAACAAAACUUGAUUUGGUUUUAAGAAGAUAAUUUCAUUCUACAGUCCACAACAAACUUACAUUACCUACAGUUUUAUUAUUAGAUGGGAUCCAAUUUCAAAGAAAGAGCAUUAUUGUCUCUGUGACAUCAUUUAGCCAAUCAUAAUCUUUGUACUCAGGUAACUGAAGGAAAAAUUCCAUUUUAAGGUCCUUCAAAUUGAUUAUUUCAGCACUCCUUUUUUUUUUAA